AUGUUCAAACCGGAAAGUCACGGGCUCAGUCCGGACUUCCGGCUAACAAAGUUCUCUACACUCCGAGGGUGAGGUUCGAAAGUUCCUCAAGACGUCCUAACCCGACUUCUUGCAGGAGUGUACGCAGAACAAUUAGGUGAUAAGGAUGUGAAGGGGAAGAACGAUCAGGAGGAUGGUGUUGGAAUAGGAUUGGAUUCAUCUGUAAUUGCGCUCAAACAUGACCUCUUUUUGGUACAAUCGGUCGAUUUCUUCUACCCACUUAUCGACGAUCCGUUUAUGCUGGGAAAGAUUGCGCUGGCCAAUGUGGUCAGUGACGUGUUUGCCGUUGGUGCAACGGAAAUCGAUCAAAUAAAGCUGAUCGUUACCGCCCCUACCGAGUUCACCGAAAAAGAACGGGAGGUGAUAGUACCAAUGGUGAUGAAGGGAUUUUUGGAAGCUGCCAAGGAAUGCAAAGCACCGGUCAAGAUUGGCAGUAUUGCGGAAAACCCUUGGUGCAUUAUUGGCGGUGCUGCUUCGGCCGUCUGUCAUCGGUCGGAACUGAUAAUGCCAUACAAUGCAACGGAAGGUGAUGCGAUCGUUUUGACCAAACCGCUCGGAACACAACUGGCCACGAAUGCUUACAUCUGGAUGAAUGAAAAGUCUGAAAACUGGACCCGACUACAGGAACGGUUCAGUGUGGCCGAUAUUGAAGAAACGUACCGCAUCGCAUUAGAGUCGAUGGCACGGUUAAACAAAACGGGAGCGGAAUUAAUGCGCAAACACCACGCACACGCGGCCACAGACGUCACGGGGUUCGGCAUCUACGGACAUGCAGAAAACUUGGCAUCGUUCCAGAAAGCCGAAGUAGAUUUCCAUCUCCACACGCUACCCAUCAUCAAGAACGUGCGGGAAAUAGCAGAAAUUUUAGGCCGAAGCACAAAACUACUGGCUGGUAAAGCGGUGGAAACGAGCGGAGGAUUGCUAAUAUGUUUGCCAAGCACAAACGCGGCAGCAUUCUGCGAGGAGUACAAACAUUGUACAGCACACGAGGCGUGGAUUGUGGGGUGUGUUGCAAAAGGCAACAGAGGUGUAAAGAUGAAUCCAAAUCUUAAAAUUGUACCAGUGGAAGAAUCGUAG